UCCACAACAUUAUACCACACAACACCCUUCGACUCACAAAGGGAAUACGUGUGCCAGUGAACGAUGAAGAUUUUCGCGCUCUUCGUAUUUGCGUGUGUUUUGUGGGAAGCGAGUGGAUAUCCAUAUCCUUACAGUUAUUACGGAAAUCUAGACUCGAUUUCAUAUGGCUCUGUGGAUAGUUCUCGCGGUGGCAUGGCGCUAAGUCGUUACUACAAUCCAUACUAUAACCCGAGAGCAGUCGGAGCUGGCAUGGCUGCUUUCAUGUUCAGGCCCCAAGAACAGUACCAGCCACAAACCAGUCAGUACUACCUGCCAGACAGACGGCGUCAAACUCAACCGGAACUAAACUACCCACAACAGAAUGAAGUUUACUACCCUCAAGUGCCAGAACAAUCCGAUGCCUUGCCCGAACAACCAGCAGUGUUUUCUAAGAAGCCUAUUGCUCCAGAAUUGCCGGCUGUCACUGAACCCACAGACAUCGCUGAAACGACUGAAAAAACUGAACUUGUUCCCACUACACUUAAAGCUAUUGUGAUACCAGAGUUAACUGAGCCUGAAAUAGAGGAGGUCGAUAAAGUUGUCCCCACACCUAAAAAACGUGUUACUAAAAAGAAACAAGUUAAAAGGCCAGUAGAUGAUGACGAAGACGACGCAGAACAAUACCCUCCGAGAAUACCAGCAGGAGCCUAUUUCCCGAUGUUCUUCGGUUAUGGCGGAAGAUCUGGUAGUACACCUGGUGGGGCUACCGCUAUUGCUAACGCUUUCAGCACAGGGCGAGGAGGUGUCGCCACCAGCCACGCGACGGCAUACGGACCCCCAAGACCAGACAGUAAACUGUAAAAACGAUGUAGUAAUAGCAUACAUCAUUUUGAUUUUUAGUAUUGCUUAUUCAUUCGAACGUUUUAGCGCCAUCUAGCGCGUAAACUUAUAACAUGCGCCUCGAUGUUUCGAUCUGGGUUCAAGUGAAUUUUGUUGCCGUAUAUAAGUUCAACGUAGUGAUAAUAGAGGGCAUAAUACUCGUUUAAUAAACGUUUAAUUUUUUUUUUAUUAUAAAUGCUAAUAUAUUUGUUGUUGAACAAUUUCGUGAUAAACCGAUAUAUAGAAUAUUCGAUUAUAAAUUUUAGUUAUUAACAAUAAAUUACAUUUUUAAACAA